AACACGUUGACAUUCACAACAGGUAAGAUGACUUAAAAUGAUGUAGAGGUAAAAGUAAUAAAGUUAUGGAAUUCUCCUUCUUGAGUCAUUACUUCAGUGAAUAAUGUGUUAAAUGGUAUAGUUAUUAGAACAAUUGGCAGCAUCCCAUUUAUCAGUCAUAAUUGUUUCAAAGUAUAUGCAAAUACUAAAUGAAUUACUUAAAAACAGUUCAGUGGCGUAACUUGUGUGUGAUAUGGCAUGGAUUGAUUGAUUAUAAAUUGUUUUGAUGCUUCCGAUAAUGUCUAAUGUAUCUUAUCAGUAUUUUAUUUUUCAGUUUGGUGUUGCUUAUAAAAGACGUCACAAGGAAGUAUGUCCUCACUCCUAACUGACUUUCCCUACUGUCCUAACUGCAAGAAUCAUUGAUGACAUAUCUCUCUAUGUGGUAUGUGGUGAGACUCAAAGCGAUUAGUUUUUAUCCAGUGGUGUUGCAUAUUGUUUAUUGCAGUUCUUCAGAGCAUGGAUGAGCUGAUAUUAGGUUUCAGACAUUGUGGAUCAAUAAUUUAUUGCUUUCAACUGCCCCAACUAUGUCCAAUAUGUAAAAAUGUAGUUAGUUUUACAUGUGAUACGCCUUUCAGAUUACCAUAUCCCUUCGUUAAGGCUCAUCAACAUCCACUGUCAAUUGUUCUGAAAUCUACUAAAGGGACGUUUUUAGAACAUUACAGCUGCAACGAAGAUCUUCACAUUGGUAUUACCGAUUGCAAAGGCAAAGUAUAUGAGUACGACUCAGAUGGUUUAAAGAAGUCUAACGGAGAGGAAUGGUUACAAUCCAUUGUGGUAUACGAAAAAUCAGAAGAGUGGAGUUACGAUUGGAGUCAUGCCUUGAGAUCAGUAGCUUCUGAUCCCAAAUGGAGAUCUGAAAAUUAUGAUGAACAAACCUUGAACUGCUUUUCUUUUGUUACUGAAUUUCUUACAAAUUUGAACUGUGUAGAGACUAAAAAAGAACAGUUUUGUGAAGAAUUCGUGUACAAAAAGAUUGUUUCUCUCAACAAAUAUAUCACAGUGCAUAGAAAUAUUGUUAAAGAUGGAUAUUGUAAUAUCAAAAAUUAAUAAAAAUUAUUUAUUAAGUAUCAAGAA